UUACGCGCGACCACUUACCUAGUGGCGAGCCCGCCGAGCGCAUUCGUGCUAGCGAAUUUUUUGAAAAAAAAAAACCUUUGACUGCGCAUGCGUGGUGUGGUUGCAUCGGAUGUGAGGACAGUGCAUUGGAUACAUCAACCUCGGAAUGUGGAGAGCUGCCUGCUGAAGUUGUCGAAGAAAAUAGUGACGAUUGUUGACCUUCCCAUUCUUCAUAAACACCAAGAUGAUUCUUUUAAAGUGUGCGAGUGGUUUCGGACUGGCGGAGGCUCGCGGCGCAUCUUGCGAGAAUGUUUCCGAGGUAUAAAAGAAGGUAACAUAAUGUUUCGCGGACCCAUUGCUCUACACAUACGCAGCGGAACACCGAAACACGCCAGAUAGCCGCAGUGACAGGAACGAGAACGAGCAAGAUGCGGUGGUUUGCAUUGAUAUUGGUGUGUGCUGUCUUAACAAGAGUGACUUCAGAACCGGACCCAAAGAAAUACAAGCCUGAAGAUGCAGAUAAAGAUAAAAAAUCAGGAUCACCCUUAACUAACGAUGAGAAGAAAUUUUUAAGAGAAGUCGAAGAAAAGUUCGGCAUAAAACCUCAAGUUCCUGUUGAAGUAUUAAAUACUACAGACGACAAACCAACAUCAGCAAAUAUAACAGAGAAAACUCCAUUACCGGCUGUGAUCGCUAUUGAAAUUGUUAACGAUACAAAUUCCUCGUCCAAAGGAAAGAGAACCAUUGAUGCAAACCUUGGUUAUGGAUAUCGUACAAACGAAGGAUAUACGUAUACAUAUUUUGGAAAACCAAAGCAAGAAGAAGGUAAAUUUAUGAUCUACCCUUACUCGCAACAAGAUGCGUCUGAGGAAUACAGUGGACAUAAUGCUGAAUAUUCACAACAAUCACCAGUACAACAUACCCAUGCAACGAGUGUAGAAAUUCAACCAUCUCAGGCAUUUGAAUUAGUAUCAGUGAAAGACGACCAUUACGACCAUUCAAAAUCUGUGGAACCCUCACCGGUAUACCAUCAAAAAGAAACGUCAACAUCAUUUCCAUCGACUCUGUACACAACAUAUAAUGGCCAAGGCCUGUCAGGUUUAAGUGGCCACUUCCCAAGAUUAAUGUCAAAUUACUUCGUUGAUCCAAAACAACUUUUAACUAAUCCUCAUUAUCAAAAUAUUGGAUUAAAUCAGGAUCAUUUAAGUACGAACGGUUUGGAUCAAAAUAAGCCUGUGGUACCAGUUUUAGUGCUAAGAAUACCAAGUUCUUAUAUAAAAAAUCCAACCGCAGAGUUGUAUGCAAACUUGCCAAGUAAUUAUCCAAUGUCACACUAUUUAAACAAUGUCAACCUUCAAGAUUUAGUUAAUCAGUACUUUAAGAAAAACGGCUACGAUUCCGCUCCUCAAGUAAUGACAUACCAAAACCCUCAACUUUCGACAUCCAUAACACCUACUGUAUCAUCUACAUACAGUGCUGAGCCACAACAAUAUUCAAAUCCUCACGUACAACCAUCGUAUACUCAAUCUGAUUAUUCUGGUGUACAGUACUCUGGAGUUAAACCUGUUAUGGCCAAGUAUCCUUCAACGUUUGGUAGGCCAAAAUAUUAUAGCUCCCGAAUUCAAUCUCAGUAUAGAAGACCCACUCAGCAACCCAAAUAUGAAUACCGAUACCAAUACGUCCCCCAAACAUCAGUUCAAACACAAGCUUACUAUGGACAAUCACUACAAAAGGAUCAGGUAUCAACAGUGGCUUCAUACGAACAACAAAGUGAUCUCUCCGAGUUAGCCACACCUUCUGCUGAUACAAGCAGUAAUACUGAUCAUGGAUCUCCUCAAUAUUCCGCGAACUACGACAGUAAAGUCAUAUCUGUUCAAUAUGACAGUAACACACCAUCGCACUCUCAACAACAUGCAGAAAACUCCAACAUCGAAACACCUCAAUACGAUUUCUCUAAGGAAAGUCAAGAAGCAUACAGUCCUCAACAAACCUUAACCCAUGACUAUUCGAGUCAAUCUAUAUCAGAUUACACGUCUUCUCAACUCGCAGGAUAUUAUGCACAAAAACAGAUUGAACCUACUGAAGCAGUGAACGCAUAUCCAUCUCAUUCCCAGAACACAGAUCACGACCAACAGACUUAUUCAGAGGUUAGUGAAAACCAAGGUUAUGAGUAUCCGAAGCCAAGGGAAGAAUCAGUUGGUAAUACAUACGCAGUCCCGGAAACUUAUUCCAGUAAAGAUCAUACUAUCGCAACUGUCCUACCCUUUACUUACAAACAACCUAAAAGACCGAAUCCUGCGACUGUCCAAACAGUUAGCUACGUAACUCCUGUGCCAUCGUCUAAAUAUCAAUCACGCUAUAGAAUAAUGGUACCACAAACUGUACUGAAGAGUCAAGAUGAGAAAGUUACUUACGUUAAUUCAAUGCCAAUGCACUACACUAAAGUCGGAUAUUACAAUCAAGAUUACAAUUCUGAAGAAAAUUCUAAGUAUAACGUAGGAAAUCAUUACAGCGCUCCAACGAAACAUAAAUCUGGAUCUUAUACGAGAAAUUAUCACAAUUAUCUAAAACGUAUGACAAGACCUGAUAGUAAGGCUGAAGGAUCAUCGAUCUCGUCACAAACUAAGAAAUCAAAUGACAAGAAAAAAUCAUCAUAAUAAAAUACCAAUUUAUUAAUUUUGAAAUAAGAUUGUAUAUAGAAGUCAAUUAUUAGUGCAAGUUUUGUAUUAUUAUUUGUAGAUUUAUUAUUGCAGUAUAGGGCGUAUUUUAAGAAUAUAUAAAUGUAUUUUUAUCAAAGAAAAUUUAUAGAAUUACGUCUAAAAUGAUUGUUGUGUCCUAAUAAAAAAUCAGCAUUAUUUAUUUAUGAGGCUACAAACGGAAAGGGAUGUGGCUGUUAAUGUGCAAUAAUUAAUAAUAAGAGCGAAAAUUGUAAGAGUUAUAAUAAAUUGUU